AUGGUCACGAUGACCUCGAACUCAAGUGCCAACUCGUCCACGUCACGGCAGGCUCUAAAGUCUCGUUCUUCCGAAUCCCCCGAACCCAUCAUGAACCGAGUUUCCAAGACGCUCGCAGCCGGUCAGAGAAAGAGCCGCGUUCUCUUCAACGCGGCUCACCCCAUGUCCAUGUCCGGCUCGCCUAUCCUGAAGCCGCUUGCCGCAUAG